AUGGCAGAACCAAAGUCUCAACCAGAUGAGCAGUACGCUGACCUCGAGGAUGAGAGCAACGAAACUGCUCCUCUAACCGGAGGCCCUUCAGUUCCGGCAGCCAGGUCGUACCUGGUACCUAAACUGCCAUCUUAUCACUUGGAUGUCUUGGGAUGCUCACUACGACUCAUGUCCGGGUUGGUGCCCAGCUUCAUCACCAACCAUGCGGCCACCACACCCUCCAAGUCUGGAAUUGCUGCCCUCGACGGACUUAGAGGACUCGCCUGUCUCUUUGUCUUCAACGAACACUAUGUCAUCUGUUAUCAGUCCGUUCGGACGCAAGUGUGGAUCAUGCGAGUUCCUUUUAUUCGACUUUUGUGGUACGGCAAGGCUGCCGUUUUCCUUUUCUUCGUCAUUUCCGGCUACGUCCUCAGUUACAAACCCUUGAAACUGAUCCGAUCAAAGUCCUGGCUCGACUUUCAGAAAUCAAUUUCUUCCUCCUUCCUCCGCAGAGCCAUGCGCCUGUACUUGCCAUGCCUCGUUGUAAGCUUCGUCGCCUGUUGGCUGACUUAUUUCGGCCUCUAUGAUCGAUCUGCUCAGAUUUACGCACACUAUCGCCAUUUUGUCUUUCUCAAGGAGGAACCUCCACCGCGACUGGGCCUCCACGACCAGUUGAAGGGAUAUUUGGCAAACGUCGAGUUCCUUUUCAGUGCCACGAUUCCCUUCGACAAGGACACGGAUGUGUUGCACUACUUCAUGUAUGACGACCACCAAUGGACGAUCCCAAAAGAAUUCCGUAGCAGCAUGGUGGUGUUUGCUGUUUUGGUAACGACAUCCAGGAUGCGAAGCCUUCUCCGAAUGCUUCUCAUCACUGUGCUCUGCUUCUAUUCGAUCUACACCUUUCGCCUGUACACCUCGCUCUUCUUCGCUGGCAUGGUCUGCGCCGAGCUCGACCUUAUUCGGGCCUCCUAUUACUCGCAAUACAAAGACGCCUUGCCGGACUUUGUCAACGAGAAACAGCCAACUGGCUCCAGCCGCAUCCUUCACCUCCCCAAUCUCUUCUACAAGGUCAUGUGGGCUUUCCUUUUCGUGGCUGGAGUCUUCAUGAUAUCUUCACCGCAAGAGAUUCAGGAAACUCCCAACUGGCUCCCUACGCUGGUUCAUAACUGGGGAAUCGUCGCGGUUGACGACUCAAUCUUGUUCGUUGGCGCCGUUCUCACGGUGUGGAGUGUUGCAGCCUGCCCUUCGCUGGGGCCCAUCUUCAACAACCCCUUCGUUGCGUACUUGGGCAAGAUUUCAUAUGCAUUGUAUCUCGUUCACGGCACUGUGAUCAAGUCCCUGGGGUACAGCAUCCUUCCCUGGUCGCUGCGACUGGCCACAUGGACUCCCAAUAGUGUCGAGUUGAAUCUUGAGUGGUGGUCCGCAGUCCCGAACUGGCAGAAGGUCUUGGCCCACCUCAUUGGGUGGGCAUUUGUUGGGACGACGUGUUUCUGGCUGUCAGAUCUAUUCUGGCGAUUUGUUGACAUUCCAUGUGUGAGCUUUGCACGCUCAGUUGAGAGUUGGGUCACCAAAGGUGCCGACGUGGAAGACUCUAGAUCCGAUUCGGUUCCGCGGCCAAUGGAACCCAGGAGGCGCGGGGAGAGUGUGGUGGCAGGGUCUUCACACGUCAGGUCUGGAAGCCACUUUGGUGGCCAGCUCUUAUUGACCGAGUCUUCUCCAAAUGGCGCAAAACGAAAGAAUGGUUAA